AUUGUAUUUAUAACUCCACAGAUGAGUUAGAAUGCAUUUAAAGAAAGUUAUCAACACAGUAUUAUAUAUAGUAUUGGUCACCCUCAUGUACUUUGUGGUAAACCACAUACAACAUCUGAAUGUGGAGCGUACGGUACAAGUUGUAAAGGAACAUAAAUACGAGAGGUUUCUACUUCAACCAGGCCCAUGUAACAAAGGAUGGUUCAAAGUGGGGGGUAUGGAUGAAUGUAGGAAGAUGCUGGGGUGCGAGGACAUUAUGAAGCUGGGUCAUAAAAAGAAACUUGGGGGUGGGAUCGGCAAACUGGUGUACUCUGUGGACUGGGAAGGUAUAGAGCUAGCCAUGGUGAGUACCAGGGAUACAAGGGUGAAGGAUCAAUGGAUAUUAACAAGGGUGGAUGAAGGAGCAACUAAUUUAUUGAAUCUACAACCAAGUCAACAUGUUAUACAGGUGGCUGGCUUCUGUAAACUUGGCAACCAAACCCAUAUUUUGACGGAGAAAUGCGAUAAAUACGGAAACUUAAACGAUUUUAUCAAAUCUGACGCCAUAGUCAAACUUAGUGGUAAAGAAAGGUUGAAACUAGCUAUAGGGAUGGUUCAAACCUUUGUAUAUUUACACCAUGGAGGUGGGAAAGCAAGGGUUAACUGUGAUCUCCAUCAACUGUCACAGGCAUUAAGUCAAUACUUGGUAACUAAUGAUAUGAGGAUAGUUAUGAACGAUGUCGACGAACUGCCUGUUGAUGAUGUCAACAACCAUCCUGUUUGUAGAAGCGAAACAGGUUGCGUGAUGGUUGAACAUACUUUCCUAUCUCCUGAACAAAGAUAUAAUGAAGCUGAUUGUAAACAGGACAAACUACCAAAAGUGUCAAUCAAAAUCGACGUAUGGAAAAUACCCAACCUAACAAACGCCAUAAUGAAUGUGGGGUCCCCAAACAGUACUGAGUUGAAAAAGAUUCAAAGGAUUAACAGGUUGUUGAAACAAGUGCAUAAAAUGUGUAAGAAGAUUGAUCCAGCAAAUAGAUGGAACUCACAGCAGGUUCUUGAGGAUUAUGUACGGGUUUAUAAUUAUUUAUGAGAGUGGCGUAUUCAGGGGGGGGUUAGGGUGGUCUUAGCACCCCAGUUUUAAAUUAAGGCAUGAAAUAUUAUAUAUGCAUAAAUAUGGGCAUGUUUUGUUUUUAUGUGUUGCGUGAAGAAAUGUUUUAAAUAGAGUUUAUGAAAAGAUAUGCCUCUGGUAAAAAGUGGCGCAGCCAGGGUGGGUACAGGGGUGUCAUAGCUCCCCCUUAUUUAUACUAGCUGGCCAUUAUAUGUGUGUCAAAAAUUGAGUGCCUUUUAUUUUGCAACAGGUUUGCUAUUUAUAAGUAAUUUUAAUGUCAACAGUUAUUUAUUAAAACACCG